GCCCAUGCUAUUGACAUGCGGUACGACGCAGGCACACAUAUCCCCCCGUCCAACCGCUUCCUAGCUUGGCCUCCUUGAUCUCUUACUCUGACCCCCCGCUUGAGCCGACCUUACGCAGGACGCAGAGUCGGCUGCCGCCAUGAGCCAUUCAUUUGACGAACACGUUGCCAUCUUCUGGGACUACGAGAACUGCGCACCUCCGACUAGCACACCCGGCUAUGAUGUUGUCAGCAAUAUACGUCAAGUCGCACACGAGUAUGGCAGUGUGAAGCUGUUCAAGGCGUACCUUGAGCUUUCCGAACAGUCGUCCUCCAAGUCCAUCGGUCUCCGCUCAGAACUGCAGUCGUGCGGGGUCUCAUUGACUGACUGCCCUCACAAUGGAAGGAAGGACGUAGCGGAUAAGAUGAUGAUUGUCGACAUGCUCACAUACGCCAUCGACAAUCCGGCGCCGGCUACAAUUGUCCUCAUCUCCGGAGAUCGAGAUUUCGUCUAUGCUGUGUCAGUCCUGCGCCUCCGCAGAUACCGUGUUGUCUUAGUCGCACCCAACUGCGCCCACGCGAGUCUCAAGUCCCAAGCUUCGGCUGUCCUGAAUUGGGAGACCGACAUCAUGGGCAAGACAAACCCUCGUCCCCAGACACUCGACGCACCCAAUAGCUGUUCUGAUGAUGCUCCUCAGCGCUCCCCUAGGCGUACAUCGUUUGGCAGUCAAUUACCACAUUUUACUGCAAAACAUGCCCGUCGUCCUUCGUUCAAGACUAAUACCCCCAUUACCCCCGUCACUCCGGAUACCGGUGGCGGUCAAGGCGAUUCAUUCUUUGGCGGACGACAUCUGAGGAAUCCCUCUAUUGUCACUACGGUCGAGUGUUUCGUUGCGGACACCCAUCUUCACGGACGCAUGGAGUCAAUCAGCACACAACCACCCAUCCCAGACAUAGUUGACUUCAUACAAGACAUCAAAGGGGCGGAACUUAGGCUACCGGCCCCAGAUGAUGAGCCCUCAGCCUACGUAUCACACAUUCUGCAGACGUCUGCUACUCUCCUGGCACCUGUCAGCGCCGCGAACCCGACUUCUGCACCCCCCUCUAGCCGAGACUCAACCAAUGGCGCAGAGCCGGCCAGUGCGCCUCCUGAUCGUCUCAAUGCCCCACCUCUCAUUGCCCCGGAGCCCAUCGCUUUCCCGCGCCUUGCUUUUGAGGAAUCAAUCUUGCGCCCGGCGACUGUAGAGCCCUUGUCACGCGUCCCGAGCGAAAGCUCGCAGUCCUCUGUCUCGGGCUCGGCAGUGUCAUCCUCCUCAGGUGAUCUGUUGCGCACGCCUGAUUAUGUCUUGGCCGAGGCACUCGACGUUACGCCACCAACUCCUGCGCUGGACGUCGACGAAUCUCCAAUUACCCCGAAUGCCGAUCCUGUCCAGGCUCUUCCUCCGACAGCCCAGGAAGAGCCCUCCCCGCAUUCCCCGCCCGUCGUUGUGGUAGAAAUCACUGCGCCAGUGCCGCCCCCCGUUUCUUUCGCUCCGAACGCUGUACCUUCGUCAAUCCCCCAUUACUUCCACCCGCUCGUGAAAGCUCUGGAAGAGUCGCGCAUGAGCGGUUCGCCACGGCCACUCCGGUCCUGGGUCGGCUUGAAGAUCCCGCGUGGCAUAUACACUCAGGCGAAGGUGCCCAAGUUCAAGCAAUAUGCCGCUGCUGCGGAGCAGGCGGGCCUCGUCGAGCUAGGCGGCGUUCAGUCCAGCGCAUGGAUCUCGCUCCGCCCAGAGUGGUAUGGGAAGAUCCCCGUCCAUCCAUUCUCGUAAGGUGGAUGUGCCGAGACAGUGAGGCACGCCGCGGGUCGGAGUGCCGUAUAUUUGUGAUCUUGUAUGCUCGUAUGACACACGAGCGAUUACUUCCCGGAUUGCGGGUGAGAAGUGUGUCGCGUAGCUCUCACUCUAUGUGUAUUGGUUAGGACAGGAGGCGGCCCCCCAACGUAUAUCAUUUAUCCAUGAACAUGUACACUGCUACUACCCAAUGUAUCCCGUAUUCAGUCUAUCA